CUUCGAACGAGUUAUUUAUGUUUGAAAUGGCGCGAAAAUAGAAAAUAAAUUGUUUUGAUGGUAAAUAAUACGUUUCGUAAAAUAAGAUGGUUGCAGAUAAAAUGUCAAAGACCAAAAGAAAACUAUCGGACCCAGAAGAAAAAAAAUCAGGGAAGAAAAGAAAAGGCUCAGACAAUGAGGAGAAUUUUUACAAAGACAACGUUUUGUGCCAGGUCCUGAAGAAAGCUGGGCUUACACUGAAAAAGGGAAAGACACAGAACGUUCUUGAUUGUGAUCAAGCAGUCUUCCAAAGGAAUCUGCAGAUUGCUUUGAAGAGACAUGGAAACUAUCCAUCUGUUCUUGAUGAGUUUGUUGAAGGUUUCAUAGAAUAUAUUGAGGAUCCUCAUAGGUUUCACUACUGCUUACUACCCACUGCUACAUCUGAAAAAUGUGAAAGUGUUAGAAGCAGGUCCCAGGACAGCGUGGUUAGACUGUUGGUCGGAGUGGACAUCUUACAGUCCAAGAUGAUGAUGUCCUUGUUAGAGAAGUUGGCAGAGUUCAUGGAGAACGAAGACUGCAUUGUAGAGCACGGAGAGAAGGUGAACUUGCCCAGGUUACUGAUGAGUCAGUUCAGGUGGCUGGAUAGAAUCCUGGACAGCAAGGAACUUGCGGAUAAGAUGCUGGAGAUGAUCACCAUUGUGUCUGAAGACAUCCAAAGGGAGAUAAUCACCUGUCUACCAGAAGUAGUGGAGGACUCUGAACACAGUCAUGUGGCGACAUCUCUCAGAGAUCUUUUGAUGGAGAAGAGCAGCCUGACUGUGCCUAUACUAGAUGCUCUAUCCAACCUCAAUUUGAACCCGGAACUGAUGACAGAGGUCCGAGGGUCGGUGCUACAGACCUUGGCCUCGGUAGAGAUUGAGAAUCUGCCGGUCGUCAUCCGAUUCCUUUUACAGUCAGUCACUGCUGCUGAUGCUCUAGAGGUCGUGAGUGAGAUACGACAGAACUUGGAUUUUUCCUCAAGUUUUCCAUUGGCUACAUCCACCCCUCACCAGUCUGUUCACAGAAGGCAGCUUUCUGGGGAUGAAACUCGAGGGGUAGAAUCUCUAACAUUGGAUGCUGUUAAAUCAGGAAUUCGAUUCCAAAAGAGCGUAGCUGAGGCUUGGAUCAAGGCAGUAGACUCAGUGAAGCAGCCGUCAGACCAUAAAGUUAUAGACCUCUUCAUUCUGCUGAUCCUCUACUCUACCGAUCGCAAGAAACCCGUGGAGAGCCUCAUCCGUAACAAAAUCAGGUCAGGGGCCUUCACAGAGGUUCUGCUUCAGGAGGCCUUCAGGGAGAGGGCACAGGUAAUGAGGGACUACUUCCCCGCCAUUCUCUCCCUGGCUGAGGUCCUGCUUCGCUCACCAGAACCAGCCAUUACUUUCUUUGCUGCCUCCAUGUACAAGAAUGGAUUUGUAGCUUUUGACACUUACUGUCAACAGGAAAUUGUGGGAAACUUGGUGACUCAUUUCGGCAGUGGUUUCGAGGAAGAAACAGAUUCUUCUUUGGAUAUUUUGUACCAACUGGUCGAUAAACAUCUUGACAAGAUGGCACCUUUUGCAAUAUUUGUGAAGGUUGUUUUGGACUACUUGGAUAACCUGAGUGUCCCCCAGAUCAGGAAGUUGUACUCCCUCCUCAGUACCCUGGCAUUCAGAAGCUCCCAGGGAGGAAACAUGAUACAGGAUGAUCUUCACAUCAUAAUCAGAAAACAGCUGUCUAAUGAUAACCCAAAGUACAAAAGGAUGGGCAUUAUUGGAGCUGUUAUGGUGGUGAAGAGUAUUGCAUACAACCAGAAUGGUGACAAUGAACCCAGCCAAGCACCUGCUGGCCCCCUGACAGACAGUUUAUACAAACAGGUUAUAAACCUGUUACAACUGGUCAAAACCAGCAGCAGUCGCAUGUCCGAGGCCGCUGCCCUCUUCAUGGAUGAACUGGCUAAUGUCGUCGGUAAAGGCCAUUUGGAUUCUAAAGUUGAGGAGUGGAUCACAGAUAAUGUGACAACAGAUUUCCAGGACCACUAUGUGGUGGACAUGGAGGAAGCAGCCACAGACAGCAUAGUUCCCCAGGAGAACAGGUUUGGCCUGGAUGACGAUAGUGAGGCCUCCAUCUGUAUUCCUCUCGUCAGCUUGACUGAGGCCUCGGUCAAAGACAAGAAGAAAUCACAGAAACAAAAAACCAGUGAAAGUGCAGACCCUGUGUGUUUAUCCCCCCAUUUCCGCUUAUUGCGGAUGUGUGAGCAGAGACAAAAUGGCAAUAUGGACAAUAUUGAUGCUCUGCUGGGCUGUCCAAUGUUUUUACCGAAGACUGAUGUGAUUGACAAAAUGGAGUCGCUUUCUACAAAAGAAAAAGAUGUCAUCUGUUCCUCCCUGUUUCAUGCACUGAACUGGUUCCGUGAAAUCGUCAAUGCAUUCGCUACCCAGAUAGACCCAGAAAUGAAAGGCAAAGUCAUCACCAGACUUCACAAUAUUACAGAACUGUCCAAAACACUGGAAAAGUGCCUAGCUAUUCACCCCCGGUUCUGCCCUCCCCCAGCGACCUUUGACUGGUACGAAAACCCAGUACUUAAUGCUCCAGUGGUUAACAGUUCCGAUGGCAAAAAGAAGGGCAGAAAACCAGCAAAAAAGAAAAAGGGCAACAAAGAAAACAUUGGAGACGAUGAGAGUGAUGAAAACAGCAAAGACUCUUCACAAUUGGACACUCAGAAUGAAACUCAAUUCCCAGAAAAAUUAGAUAGUGGUGAAAAGCCAGUUGUGGACCUGGCAAAUUACAGAGCUUUUUUCAGAGAACUAGACAUCAGUGUCUUCACCAUCCUCCACACAGGCCUGAUCACCAAGUCCUCUCUAGACACAGAACUGAACACAAAGGCCACCACAGAGCUCAGUAUUCAGCCACCACAGCUUGAGUUCCUCCUGGAGGACUUCACCAGGAAACUCUCACACGCUCUCAUUUCAUCAACCUCCAAACGAAAGUCCUUCCUCAAGACAAAGUCAGAUAAGAAUGUUGGAUUUUCUUACCUUGACCAGUGCACUCCAAAGUUCAUUGCCAAGAAAGUCAUCAAACUGUUACCUGCUUUGUGUGAACACCUGGAAAGUUCCAGUGGAUUCUUUCAGACUCUUAUCGUGGAGAAUGACGGUCUGAUAGACGGACCAGGAUGCAACACUCCAGAAGCUCAGACUGUUGGCGUGUGUUUCCAUCUCCUUCUUCAAGCCCUCCAGACCAUUUUUGCAUGGAAUGGAUUUUUGAUGGUGGAGAACAAGUCCUUGCUAAAAGAAGGCUUGAUUACCCUGGUCUCCAGAAUUAAAACCGUGGGCUCCACUCAGUUCACCUUCCAGGAGGCUCUCAAGUCAGCCUUCCAGUACAUAGAGAACUUUGCUGGAACCGUACCCAAGCUCAGCACGGCAGUGAUGCUGAUUAAAGUCAUGCUGACUCUGGCUGAGAAGUCGGACUCCAAGGAAACCUGCAGGAAAACAGCUGUGGCUGCACAAUCUUUUCUGAAGAGGGAGUGGUUAGACGCUGAAGGACAGAGAGAGAAGGGAGCUAAACACAACGAGAACCUGCAAUUCUUACUGAAAACAUACCUCUGUCACUGUGAGGAUUUCCUGGGUUCGGCUGAGGAGAUCCUCACCAAGGGAAUGCCCGACCUGCUGGAGGGGGACAAGAACGGGUUCUCCGAGGUCUACCCAACACUGACCAAGUCAACCUUCGCUGUGUACUACAAGACGGUGUUCACAGAGCUGGUCACGUGUGUGAAGGGCAUACAGCCGAGUAAACAGAGGGAGGACAGAGAUGCAAGACUUGACAAACUUCUGAGGUGGAGCCAGGCUGUUAGAAUUCUUCAUAUAAUGGUCAAUUUAAUCAAGGCAUUUGAUGGAAGAGCUAAUCUCGGGACUGCUCUGAAAUGUGGCCGCCAGUUUAUCGACAUCUUCCUGAGACAAGGCAUGCCCCUGAUGGACGACAUGUUCAGGUCAAACAGAGAGGAUGUACAGGGACUGCUGAAGAAUCUACAGCUCAGUACACGUGUACUCCAUCACACAUGUGGCCACUCUAAGAUCAUUAAAGAUAUUGCAUUGACAAAUCAAGUUCCGUUCUUGAAGAAGUGUCUUGAGGCCUUCGUGUAUCGGGUGAAGGCCAUGCUUACAGUCAACAGGUGCCUGGAGGCGUUCUGGCUGGGGAACCUCAAAAACAGGGAUAUACAUGGUGAAGAAAUCCUGUCCCAGGCUUCGACUUCUGCCAAUACAACAGCUGCUGAAGAGGAGGAGGAAGAAGAAGAUGCAGGAGGAGGAGAGGAGUCUGAGGAAGAGGAGAGCGAUGUGGAACUGGAAAGCAAUGCUUCGGAUGAAUCGCACAGUGUGCAGUAUUGAGAAGGUAAUUCAGGAUAGUCAAGUGCUAUAACUGCCAUCUAGUCCAGAAUUCGGGAGGAUGAAGUGCUAAGAAUACUAGUAUUGACUUUGAGGUGACAACCAAGUGUAGUCCAGUAUUUCAGGAAUUGGACAUUGUAAGAUUUAUUCGAUGGGAGUUUGAUAUUAAAUGCAUCAUAUUGGAUAAAAUGUGAAAAAAAAACUUACUAAGUGAAGCCAAGUAAUGAAACCCAUAAACAUGUCUAAAGCAGACAGCAAGAAUUUAUCAUUUUAUCUGCAUGUGUUUGGAAGGUUGAACAUUUUUUAAUGAAUGACGUUCAAUUUUCGUUGUUAUGGAUAUUGCACAUGUAUGUAUAUAUAUUAAUGAAUGACAUGUUUUUCAUCAGUUUGCAUUGUUACCGAUAUUGUACAUGUAUGUACUGUAUAUAUACUGAUACAGUAUAAAUGAAUUUGUUAUGCUUGAUAUUAAACCAAA